CUUUAUACUGAGGAAAGCUGAAGUUGAAAAAGGUAGUAAAAUCUCUUUGCUCUCCAUCAUAGAAUCCAUUAUUUCUCUUGAAUUUCUCAAAGUUAUAUUCACAGGGCUGUUGACUUCUGAUUGUAGUUACCAUGUCUGAGUCCAUUGUUCUUCGAAGUGUAAAGAAAUUUGGAGAAGAGAAUCAUGUUUUUGAAUCAGAUGGAUCGCAUACUGACAAGAGUUCAAGGAUAAAAGAUGGAAAGAAACAAAACAGCAAUCAAGUUGGCUUCUUUCAAUUGUUUCGUUUUUCUUCAACGACUGACAUUUGGCUGAUGUUUGUGGGAAGUUUAUGUGCAUUUCUCCAUGGACUCUCCCAUCCAGGAGUACUACUCAUUUUUGGCACAAUGACAGAUGUUUUUAUUGAAUAUGACAUUGAAUUACAAGAACUCCAGAUCCCUGGAAAAGCCUGUAUAAAUAACACCAUAGUAUGGAUCAACAGCUCUCUAAAUCAGAAUGUGACAAACGGAACACGCUGCGGGUUGUUCAACAUUGAAAGUGAAAUGAUCACAUUUGCCAGUUACUAUGCAGGAGUGGCUGUCGCUGUUCUAAUCACAGGAUAUAUGCAAAUAUGCUUUUGGGUAAUUGCUGCAGCUCGUCAGGUACAUAAAAUGAGAAAAAUUUACUUUAGGAGAAUAAUGAGAAUGGAGAUGGGAUGGUUUGACUGCAAUUCAGUGGGAGAGCUCAACACAAGAUUUUCUGAUGAUAUUAACAAAGUUAAUGAUGCCAUUGCUGACCAAAUGGCCAUGUUCAUUCAGCGCAUGACAACGAGCAUCUGUGGCUUUUUGCUGGGAUUUUACCAGGGCUGGAAACUAACCUUGGUCAUUAUCUCUGUCAGCCCUCUCAUUGGGAUUGGGGCAGCCAUCAUUGGUCUGAGCGUGUCCAAGUUCACUGAUCAUGAAUUGAAGGCAUAUGCUAAAGCAGGAUCAGUGGCUGAUGAAGUCAUUUCAGCUAUUAGAACUGUGGCUGCUUUCGGUGGUGAGAAUAAAGAGGUUGAAAGGUAUGAGAGUAACUUGGUUUUUGCCCAGCGUUGGGGAAUAAGGAAAGGGAUAGUCAUGGGAUUCUUUACUGGAUUCAUGUGGUGCCUCAUCUUCUUCUGUUAUGCACUGGCCUUCUGGUAUGGCUCCAAACUUGUCCUGGAAGAUGGAGAAUAUUCAGCAGGAACUCUUGUUCAGAUUUUCCUCAGUGUUAUAGUAGGAGCUUUAAAUCUUGGCAAUGCAUCUUCUUGUUUGGAAGCUUUUGCAACUGGGCGUGCAGCAGCCACCAGCAUUUUUGAGACAAUAGACCGGAAACCCAUCAUCGACUGCAUGUCAGAAGAUGGUUACAAGUUGGAUCGAAUUAAGGGUGAAAUUGAAUUCCAUAAUGUGACUUUUCACUAUCCUUCCAGACCUGAUGUGAAGUUUCCAGGAACAAGGAAUAGGCACAAUUUCCCUGGAAGUGUCCUCAGGUAUCGUGCCCUGCUCUGUCAUUACUCAGACAACAGACUUCAUUCCUUUGUGAUAUCCAUUAUUUUAAAUAACCUCAGUAUGGUCAUUAAAUCUGGGGAAAUGACAGCUGUGGUAGGAUCCAGUGGAGCCGGGAAAAGCACAGCACUGCAGCUCAUUCAGCGAUUCUAUGACCCCAGUAAAGGCAUGGUAACUUUAGAUGGCCAUGACAUUCGUUCUCUUAAUAUCCAGUGGCUUAGAGCACAGAUUGGGAUAGUGGAGCAAGAGCCAGUUCUGUUUUCCACCACCAUUGCAGAAAAUAUACGCUAUGGGAGAGAAGAUGCAACCAUAGAAGAUAUAGUUUGUGCUGCGAAGGCAGCCAAUGCCUAUAACUUCAUCAUGGACCUUCCACAGAAAUUUGACACUCUUGUUGGAGAAGGAGGAGGCCAAAUGAGUGGUGGCCAGAAACAGAGAAUAGCCAUUGCUCGGGCCCUUGUCCGAAACCCCAAGAUCUUGCUUUUGGACAUGGCCACCUCAGCGCUCGACAAUGAGAGUGAAGCUAUGGUACAAGAGGCACUGAGUAAGAUCCAACAUGGGCAUACAAUCAUCUCAGUCUCUCAUCGCCUCUCCACCGUCAGAGCUGCAGAUGUCAUUAUUGGUUUUGAACAUGGUACAGCAGUGGAAAGAGGCACCCAUGAAGAACUCUUGGAAAGGAAAGGAGUUUACUUUACUCUAGUGACUUUACAAAGCCAAGGAGAUUCAGCUCUUAACAAAGAGGAUGUAAAGGGAAAAGAUGAAACAGAAGAGUCUGGACUUGAGAGCAGGAAGAACUUUAGCAGAGGGAGCUACCGAGAUAGUUUAAGAGCUUCCCUCCGGCAACGCUCCAAAUCUCAACUUUCAUACCUGGUGCAGGAAUCACAGUCAGCUAUUGAAGAAGACAGAAAGGAAAAGAACAUUCCUGAGGAAGAAGAAGUUGAACCUGCCCCAAUCAGGAGGAUUCUGAAAUUCAACGCUCCAGAAUGGCCCUACAUGCUGGUGGGGUCUGUGGGAGCUGCUGUCAAUGGAUCUGUCACACCCCUUUAUGCCUUUUUAUUCAGCCAGAUUCUUGGGACUUUUUCACUUCCUGAUAAAGAAGAACAAAGAACUCAGAUCAAUGGCGUAUGCCUGCUCUUUGUAGCUAUGGGCUUUGUUUCCCUCUGCACACAGUUUCUACAGGGGUAUGCUUUUGCUAAAUCUGGAGAGCUCCUCACAAAAAGGCUACGUAAAUUUGGUUUCAGAGCAAUUUUAGGGCAAGACGUUGGCUGGUUUGAUGACUUCAGAAAUAGCCCUGGAGCACUAACAACAAGGCUUGCUACAGAUGCUUCCCAAGUCCAAGGGGCUGCUGGCUCUCAAAUCGGGAUAAUGGUCAAUUCCUUGACUAACAUCAUUGUGGCCAUGGUCAUUGCCUUCUCCUUCAGCUGGAAGCUUAGUCUAGUCAUAAUGUGCUUCUUCCCCUUCUUGGCUUUAUCAGGAAUUGCACAAACCAAAAUGUUGACAGGAUUUGCUUCUCAAGACAAGCAGGCUCUGGAGGUUGCAGGACAGAUUACAAAUGAAGCCCUCAGUAAUAUCCGCACAGUUGCUGGAGUUGGAAAGGAGAAGCAUUUUAUUGAAGCAUUUGAAAGAGAAUUGGAGAAGCCAUUCAAGACAGCCAUUCGGAAAGCAAAUAUUUAUGGAUUCUGCUUUGGUUUUUCCCAGAGCAUAGUGUUUGUUGCAAAUUCUGCUUCCUAUAGAUAUGGGGGAUACUUAAUUCUCAGUGAGGGGCUCCAUUUCAGCUACGUGUUCAGGGUGAUCUCAUCAGUUGUACUAAGUGCCACAGCUAUUGGAAGAGCCUCCUCUUACACCCCGAGUUAUGCCAAAGCCAAAAUUGCGGCUGCACGUUUUUUUCAAUUGCUAGACAGACGCCCCCCAGUAAAUGUGUAUAGCAGUGCAGGUGAAAAAUGGGACAACUUUCAAGGGAAGAUUGACUUUAUUGACUGUAAAUUUACGUAUCCUACUCGACCUGAUAUACGAGUUCUGAAUGGUCUCUCAGUGUCAGUUAGUCCAGGGCAAACACUGGCAUUUGUUGGAAGCAGUGGAUGUGGCAAAAGUACCAGCAUUCAAUUAUUGGAACGUUUCUAUGAUCCUGAUCAAGGGAAGGUGAUGAUUGAUGGACAUGAUAGCAAAAGAGUUAAUGUCCAGUUUCUUCGCUCAAAUAUUGGGAUUGUCUCCCAGGAACCAGUGUUGUUUGCCUGUAGCAUAAUGGACAAUAUCAAGUAUGGAGACAACACUAAAGAAAUUUCUAGGGAAAGAGUCAUAGAAGCUUCAAAACAGGCACAGCUGCAUGACUUUGUCAUGUCACUCCCAGAGAAAUAUGAAACUAAUGUUGGAUCCCAGGGCUCUCAACUAUCUAGAGGGGAGAAACAACGCAUUGCUAUUGCCCGAGCCAUUGUACGAGAUCCUAAAAUCUUGCUACUUGAUGAAGCUACUUCUGCAUUAGAUACAGAAAGUGAAAAGACGGUGCAGGUAGCCCUGGACAAGGCCAGAGAAGGUCGUACCUGCAUUGUCAUUGCCCAUCGUUUGUCUACCAUCCAGAAUUCAGAUAUCAUUGCUGUCAUGUCACAGGGAGUAGUGGUUGAAAAGGGGACCCACGAAGAGCUAAUGGCCCAGAAAGGUGCCUACUACAAACUGGUCACUACAGGAGCCCCCAUCAGUUGAUGUGGAUGAAGAAAUUUAUGUACAUAUAAUGUUCCAAUUAUAUGAGUGCUUUCAGUUGUUUUUCUUGAAGUAUUGAUAUUUUGCUUUUAAAGGCAUUGUUAUAUGUUGGAAACAAACUAAUUUCUAAUGAUCCUCAAUAAAAACUUAGUUUUAGAUUUCUCUAUCCAGAAACAUGAGCAACUAAAUUCAGUGUGAGUGAAAA